GAAGGGAGACAUAGGCAGGUUGUUGCUUUGAAAGUGAGUCAGUCCAUCACUGAAGAUUUUAAAAUUUUCUUUUUUUUUUUCCUUUUUCCUCCCCUUCCCUCCUUUGGCUCCUGUCCUUGACCGAAGAGAAGAAGCACCUCUGCAAAAGGGGUUAGUGAUGUCUGCACAGAGGUUAAUUUCCAACAGAACAUCCCAGCCAUCUUCAUCCAGUUCUGAUUAUACUUGGGAAUAUGAAUAUUAUGAAAUUGGACCAGUUUCAUUUGAAGGCCUGAAAGCCCAUAAAUAUUCCAUUGUCAUUGGAUUUUGGGUUGGUCUUGCUGUCUUCGUGAUUUUCAUGUUUUUUGUACUGACCUUGCUGACCAAAACAGGAGCACCACACCAAGAAAAUGCGGAGCCUUCUGAAAAGCAUUUUCGAAUGAAUAGCUUUGUUACAGACUUUGGAAGGCCUCGGGAGCCAGAUAAGGUAUUUUCUCGCCCAGCAACCGCCGAGUCCAGAUCUCUCUUCCAUUGCUACAUCAAUGAAGUGGAACAGUUGGACAGGCCAAAGACGAGUCACAAGGCGACUGCUGUGGGUGCUGAUGAAUUCUUCCAGGAGGGGUCCGGGAGCAGUGGGAAACCAGAAGAAGAGGACCUGACCCAGAUGACCAAAUUCAACAUCCCCAACUUUGUGAACACUGACCCAAACUCCUCUUUCGGGGAGGAUGAUCUUCUGAUUUCUGAGCCACCAAUUGUUCUAGAAAAUAAGCCAAUAGCCCAGACCUCCCAUGAAGUUCUAGAUUAAGAAAUAUUUCCUAGGGACAGCUAGGUGGUGCAGUGGAUAGAGCACCGGCCCUGGAGUCAGGAGGACCUGAAUUCAAAUCUGGUCUCAGACACUUAACACUUACUAGCUGUGUGACCCUAGGCAAGUCACUUAACCCCAAUUGCCUCACCAAAAGAAAAAAAAAGGAAAGAAAGAAAUAUUUCCUAAAGGACAGAGUCUUUGUAAUGUCACAGGUCCGACUACUGUUUAGCAAGGGAUUUUCUUCAUGGGCAGCUUCAGAUUUGUUUCAGGUGUGUGUGUGUGUGUGUGCUUGUGGGUACAUGUGUGGCUGAGUAGAAGGCAGUGCAACAGUGAACUUACUAGACUUCUGGGAUUGGUGUUUUAGACUCUUUUUGGAGGAAAAGAGUUUAGAUUAUCACAGUUUUGGUGAGUUGGAAAUGGCUUCAUCUCUUAUAAACUGAGAGGGAGUAUUACAUAGUGAAUAGAAAACUGGACAUGGAGUCAGGACGACCCAGAUUCAAGUCCUCCCUCUGACAUACUGGCUGUGCGAUCCUAGACAAGUCACUUCACUUCUCGCUAUUCUAGGCAACUCUAGAAGACUGAUUCUUAAGAAAGUACUAGCCUGCUUUGAUAGGAGUUUCUCAUCCAGAUGUUCAUCCCCUUUAUCAAAGAAAUCACAGACCUCAUUUCUAUCCUAUAUAUUAUAAUAGUUGGUUUAAGUCAUAUGGGCAGGGCUAUGUUAAUCCAGUGUGAAUGAAUGAAUGAAUGAAUGAAUGAAUGAAUGAAUGAAUGAAUGAAUGAAUGAAUGAAUCACUACCGUCUCCUCUCCUGUUCUGGGCCUUUCCACUGGUGGGCCCUUCACCCCUUCUGCCCAAUUACUUUGUGUAGAGGUAUAGAAUGAGGCAGCAGGAAUGUGCCUGAAGGACGAGAAUCCAUUUUCCAAGAGCAUCACAGUUGGCCAUUAAUCUCAGUGUCAGCUGUGUUGUGCUACACCAGGUGUUCUUGUGCAGUUGGAUAUACCUGCUGUAAUUUCCCCAGAGAAUGAGCAGUGGGAGGUUAGAGGUAGCUGGGGGAUGGAGUCUUUGUGAACGUGAUAUAGACCCAAUUUGACCCUUGUUAAUUGUAUGAAUCUGGACUAGUCAUUGAACUUUGUGCCUCACUUUGCUCAUCUGUAAAAGGGGAUGAUGAUGGUGAUAGAAUCUACUUCACAGGGCUGUUGUGAGAAUCUAUUGAGAUAAUAUAUGUAAAGUGCUUCGCAUACCUUAAAGUGCUUUAUAAAUGUUAGCUAUUAUUAUUAUUUCUACUAUUGCUAUUAUGAUUGUUGUUAUUAAAUUGCCUCUAGGGUACAUCUGACCAGCACUCCUCACAAGAAGGUGCUCAAGCUUAGUUUGUCUGGCUUUUAAUAGGGCUGUUUUCUGCUGUUAACCCUAGAUGUCUUCUCAUCACUGUUGCCAUUUUCUAUAAAUUAAUGGAAAGCAUUUUUGAGGGGCCACUUCUCUUCAAUUGGCCAAAGCAUGAAGUUGGAUAUUCUUGCCAGGGCAGGGAUUUUGGACCCAGAAUACCACGGAUGCUCUAGGCAACAGCAACAGCAAUUCAUCCGCAUCCCCAAAUAUCCUGCAUGUGGAAAGCCAGCCUCAAGCUUUGGACAGAACAAAACUCAGCUUUGCUGAGACAGAGCGGCCUGGGGGGGCCAGCUGCUAAUUUGUAAGGACAUUUUUGUUAUUAGAUCUUUCACCACCUGUGAUGAACAACCAACCCCUUCCUGCCUUGUACUGAGUGUAAA